AUGCCUGCCUUCGAAGAUAAGGUUGAGGAAGCUGUCAUCAGCCCAAAACAACAACACUACAACCAUGACCUGCCAAUUCCUGGCGACCAUCAAUAUGGAGCCGUCGAAGUUCCAGCAAGCAAAUCUCAAGUAGCUGACACCGACAAGCUGAUGCACCACAUGAGCUUGGGAGACCUUCCCGCCAGCGCAGGACGACCACGCCUCAACUCUCGCAACAGCUUUGGAGCUUCAUUACCCAUUCCUCGCUCCAAGCGUCAAUCACGACUUUCAUCCGUCACAGGUCCUGAUGUCAAGCAAAGUAGACCUGGGAUGCCUCCCAUUCAACCAACCCGGGAAAUCCUCUCCUCCCAAGUUCAGGACAUCCAUUCCGCAAAGACUAAGGCUGCUAAAGAUAUGGCUUUUGCUUUCGACAUUGAUGGUGUCUUGGUUCAUGGCGAUCGCUUGAUCCCAGAGGGACAAAGAGUUCUUGAGAUCCUGAACGGUGAUAAUGAGCUUGGUAUCACCAUCCCCCACAUCUUCCUCACCAACGGAUCCGGAAAGCCCGAAGCUGCAAGAUGUGCACAACUCUCCAGAAUUCUCAAGAACCCAGUCUCUACUGAACAAUUCAUUCAAUCACACACCCCCAUGUCCGCUCUUUCCGAGUACUACGAGACCGUUCUUGUCGUUGGAGGAGAGAACUACCAAUGUCGUGAAGUCGCCAAACAAUACGGUUUCAAAGACAUUGUUGUUCCAAACGACAUCUACGCCGCAAACGAAACCAUCGCUCCACUUAGAGAGCACUUCACCGCCGAACAGCGUGCGACUUCAUCACCACGAGACUUUUCCAAAGUACGCAUCAAUGCCAUCCUCGUGUUCUCAGACUCCCGUGACUACGCUACCGACCUACAAAUCAUCAUCGAUCUCCUUCUCUCCGAGGACGGUGUCCUAGGAACCAAAGCCAAGGACCCAACCACGAAGCAAAUCCCCAUCUACUUCUCCCAAGGAGAUCUCCUCUGCCCAACUGAACACCCAAUCCCCCGAAUGUCCCAGGGAACUUUCCGUAUCGCACUUGAGGCCAUCUAUAAAGCCCUUACUGGUAAAGAACUCGAGCGUGUCGUCUACGGAAAACCAGAACUCGCCACCUACAAGUACGCCGAUGAGAUCAUGACUUCAUGGAUGGACACCAUUCAUAACGAGGAGAAGCUCCCCAAGAACAUUUACAUGAUUGGUGAUAACCCUGCGUCCGAUAUUACUGGUGGUAAUAUGUAUGGAUGGAAUACUUGUCUGGUUCGCACUGGUGUUUACCAGGGUGAGGGCAAUGAUGAUGAGAACCCCGCCAACUUUGGUGUUUUCGACAAUGUUCUCGAGGCUGUCAAGGCGGCGCUAAGAAAGGAGAUCAGCCCCGACUUCAAGUUUGAGUGGAGUGAUGCUAUGAACCCCGUUACUGGAGACAAAUCUGCUUCUGCUAUCGAGUAG